GGCCUGGCGGUAACCUUGGGGACUUCAGUGCCGCCGCCGCUGCCGGGGUGGACUUUGCGAGUCUGAACUUCAGUAGGGCUAGGCUUGUGAGCUGCCGGGAGCCGCCGGGGUUGCGGAGGAGGACGUGGAGGCCGGUAGCGGGCAGGCAUCCGGGCACAGGGCCUCCCCACCGACAUGUCUCUAGUGGCGGAAGCCUUCGUCUCCCAGAUCGCAGCUACAGAACCUUGGCCUGAAAAUGCUACAUUAUAUCAGCAAUUGAAAGGGGAGCAAAUUUUACUUUCUGACAAUGCAGCUUCUCUUGCUGUGCAGUGAAUCUAUCCUUCCAACAUUCUACAACAAGAAUUACAUUAUACCAUUAUACCAGAGUACUUCUGCAGUGUGAAAUAGAUUGGUUUGGAAAAUGAACCUGGCUUUGCUAUAAAUUACAUUCACAGGCCUUUUUGCAAAUGUGUAAUCUGCCUGUCAAAGUAGUUUGUAGGGCAAAUGCAGAAUAUAUGUCUCCUUCUGGUAAAGUACCUUUUAUUCAUGUGGGAAAUCAAGUAGUGUCAGAACUUGGUCCAAUAGUCCAAUUCGUUAAAGCCAAGGGACAUUCUCUUAGUGAUGGGCUGGAUGAAGUCCAAAAAGCAGAAAUGAAAGCUUACAUGGAAUUAGUCAACAAUAUGCUGUUGACUGCAGAGUUGUAUCUUCAGUGGUGUGAUGAAGCUACAGUAGGGGAGAUUACUCACACUAGAUAUGGAUCUCCUUACCCUUGGCCUCUGAAUCAUAUUUUGGCCUAUCAGAAACAGUGGGAAGUGAAACGUAAGAUGAAGGCUAUCGGAUGGGGUAAAAAGACUCUGGAUCAGGUCUUAGAAGAUGUAGACCAGUGCUGUCAAGCGCUCUCUCAAAGACUGGGAACACAACCGUAUUUCUUCAAUAAGCAGCCUACUGAACUUGAUGCACUGGUAUUUGGCCAUCUCUACACCAUUCUUACCACACAAUUGACCAAUGAUGAACUUUCUGAGAAGGUGAAAAACUAUAGCAACCUCCUUGCUUUCUGUAGAAGAAUUGAACAGCACUAUUUUGAAGAUCGUGGUAAAGGCAGAUUGUCUUAGAGUUAGUUACUUUCUAAUUUAGUUAUUAUUUUUAAAAGUCUAACUUUUAAAAGUAUAUGUUACUUGAAUGUUAAAAUAGAUAUUGUUAUAAUUUAAAAACCAAAUCACUGUUUUUCAAACCUCAAAACAAAUUAUAUCCUAUAUAUGUACUUUAUAUUGUUAUCUGUGUACACAUUAAAAUAAUUCUGGAUUAUUUUAUAAUUCUGGAUAUGUUGUAUUCUGUAUCUUGAAUUUUUUGUUUCCUCGAACCAUUCUUGCAUAUAAAAAUAAAGCUUAAACAACUAUAUGGAUAUUAUAUUUA